GAAACAUUCAGUUACCUCCCAUAUAUACGUUCAAAACUCGUCCGUCCUCUCGUCAAUCCCCAGAAAUGCCUGUCAAUAGAAACGGGCCGCCUCUCACCAUCCAAGUCCGCCCAGACCACACCGGCUGGUCAUGCCCCCAUAAGCCAAGCUCAGGGAGCACGGUUUGCGGCACAAUCAACAUAAUGGAGGAUCUGGUCUGUGUGACUUGCGGCCGGGUACGGUCUCCGAACGCAAAGGCUCUCGACUCAGACGGCAAGGACAUUGGACACCUGGCGAUGAUCAACAGCAACAGCGUGGAAUUUUGGCAGUACAAUGACACCUCAUCUCCCAAGAACCCCAGCCACUCGAUAAAAUCCGCAAGUAUGCCUGGACUUCUUAUCAGCAACGUCCGCUCGGACCACACCCACUGGGCCUGUGGGUGGCCUCUGGACGAGGAUCGCAGCAUGAUUUGCUCGGCUGGUAACCCCAUGAGCAGCACCACCUGCUGCCGAUGUGGAAAGCCUCGCUGGGAGGGCGCCGAGGCUCUUGACAAUAGCGGCAAUGAGAUUGGCACGCUCACUGGUCAUUGGGGCGCUGAGGAGAUUUGGACCUACAACUAA